AUGAACUCAGAAAGUGACUUCGACGACAGUCUUGAUAUGAAAAAUUCAAACAAGGAAAAUGAGACACAUUCCAUCAUAUGUGUAACUUCAUCGCAACCGCCCAACAAAUGGCUUACUGUGAACCACUCGCACCACGAAAACCAGACCGUUGAAACUCCGAUAAUACAGAAUAAGAAAAUACCAAAUACAUCUUCACCCAAGGAGCUAAAUAGUCCCAAUUUCUCCAUAAACACUGACUUCUCACGCAUCAGUGACUUGUCGUUCUUCCCCCAAAGAUUCUCGACAGAAAGAAAAAUUUUACCGAAAAUCAACAACGAAACUCACGAACUUAUCAACGACAGUCACAUAAAUAUCAAGCUUAGCUCGGAUACCUACACCAAAGAUUCGCCAAAUACAAUAGCGGAUCAACAUCAAGUCAAUUCGGAAGCGAGACAUCCAUUCUUCGUCAGGGAUCACUAUCCUAAAUUGUGCAGGCAAUCCUUGUUCAAAGAAAAUCAGCAGUAUAGAGAGGCAUACGAAAGGAAUUUCGUCAAUUGCUACGAGCCGAAUAUGUGGCAUAGCGACUUAAGGGCAGACAGGUCCCCGCCAAGAUCUCUUACCCCACCCCUGCAAUCUAUACCGGAGGAAAGCUGUCCGAUGUCGGAUACACAGACUUUAGAUAGACCGGACAGACAGACGAAUACUUUUACGAUAAAUCGAACAUUCGACAAAACAAUGGACAAGAGUGGAUCGUACGCUCUAGCGAAACAGUCGUGGUCGAAGAAAGCCGUGAGGGCAGAACCAGAGCUCUGGAAAGUUCCCAUGCCAUUGACGAAGAAAAUCGUUAAAGGUCAACCAAAAAGUAAAGAGUCGAUGUCCGGCAAGAUAUCAAAUAAAACAUUCGAAGCGAACAAAAGCGUCACUCAGAAUAUUUCGCUUAACCAAGUGGGGAACGUGUACUCUCAGUCUCUCACGGUGGAUCCGUUCUUGUCGUCAACAUACUUCUACGACGAGGAAGCGGUAGACAAGUUUGAACAGGAGUUCAAACGAUGGCUCAACUAUAUAUUGACACCACCCGCCGACCUCGACAGCAAUGUUGAACAGAAAAUUGAUGUCGGUAAAGCGUGGAUUGAAAAUAGGAACAAAGAUAUACCCGCUGCACCUACUAAAGAACAAGUCAGCAGCAUCUUUCAUAACAGUCAUAGGUUGGAAAGCUUGCGACGCUCAGCUAGAGCGUUGUUGUUGAGUCCGGAAAUAUCGCAAGUAUUCAUAAAGCUAAAUGUCCAAAUAGAGAAAAAGCUUAUAGCAAUACGCAACGACAGGAACCUCCAUUUAGACAUAGGAUUGCAAAAGACCAUAAUGGAAUUGCUACUCUCGUAUAAUCCGCUAUGGCUUCGCAUAGGUCUGGAAGCGAUUUACGGACUUGUAUUACCUCUAAAAUCGAACAGUGACAUCGAGGGCUUAACAACAUUCAUUAUCCAGAGGAUGUUCAAGAACCCCCACCUUAAGAACAAACAUUCCAAAUCGAGCGCCCCGAAUAUGCUACUGCCCGCCUAUAUGGAGGCCAUAAAAAAGUUCACGCUGAAAAAGUUCUUUAUGCUCGUUUUCUUUUUAGACCAAGCGAAGCAGAGGAAGCUGAUAUCGCACGACCCCUGCCUAUUCUGCAGGAACGCAAUAUGCAAGGAAAGCAGGGAGGUCGUGAUACGUUUCACGAGGGAGCUAAUCGCCGGUAUCGGCGACAUAACGAAGCACUUGCGGCCCCUCGGCUACGUCGUCAGCCACAAGCAGUCUUACUUAGACGAGUACAAACACGCGGUGCACAAUAUCGCCGUGGACAUCAGGGACGGCGUGAGGCUGACCAAGGUGAUGGAGGUGAUCCUGCUGAAGGGCGGCUUGGUGAACCAGCUGCGGACCCCAGCUAUAUCGCGCCUGCAGAAAAUACACAACGUUCAAGUAGCCUUGAACGCGUUGAAAGAGGCGAACUUCGUGAUCGUCGGCGAAAUAACUGCGGCGGAUAUCGCCGAUGGGCACAGGGAGAAGACCCUCUCCCUCUUGUGGCAGCUCAUACACGUGUUCCGCGCGCCGCUCUUCGUCAAGGCGGCCAACGUCAUACAGACUUGGUGGCGGAAGAAGUAUGCGGUUGUGGUAGAGAGGAGGAGGCAGGAAGCUGAGCUUCGCGAGAGGCUCGAGAACGCAGCGAGCGCGAUACAGAUGUGGUGGCGACGGAUUCAGUAUAAGCGCAUGGUUGAGCUUAAGAUGCAGCAAUUGACGCGCGCGAGCGUUACUAUACAGAAGUAUUACCGCCGCUGGUCGUGCCGCAACCGCUUCCAGAAGAUGAAGGGCGUGGUCAUCGCCAUCGAAAACUGGUAUCACGGUGUGAGGAAGAUCAGGGAAGCGCGCGAAGUGCUCAAUAUGUUGCGUUCACGGCGCGAAGAACAAAGGCGGCAAGCGGCGAUUACCAUUCAAGCUUGCGUUAGGCGCUGGAUCUCGAUGAGACGCUACCAAUUGUUGGUUAAAAGGGUUAUAGUUAUCCAAAGCGUGUUCCGAUGUUUUAUUUUAAGAAAGCAAUAUUUGCGCUUGAAAACGUCAGUCUCUUAUGUCCAAGAGAAAUACCGAGAGGCGUUA